CUGCCCCCCAGGGCCUCCAGCUCUUCUCAGGCCUCUAGCGUUCCUGGCAGACGGAAUGGAUGACGCCAUCAAGCCGCGCGGGAGGAAGGUCACAAGGGAUCCUCCAAUAUGGCGGUGGCGGCGCUGAGGAGAGGCUGGUGCUGCUGCCCGACGAGAUGCCUUGUCAGUGGAGUCCAGUUUCUAUCCAGCCACAACCUUGUGCCACUACCCCGUGGUACCUAUCAGAUACGCCGGCCAGAUGGAGAGCUGCCCCUGUCCAAAUCCUAUUCUUCUGGAAACAGAAAAGGCUUUCUCUCAGGCUUGUUAGAUAAUAUCAAGCAAGAAUUAGCCAAAAACAAAGAAAUGAAAGAAAGCAUAAAAAAAUUCCGAGACGAGGCCCGGAAGUUGGAAGAGUCGGAUGCGCUCCAGGAAGCCAGAAGGAAAUAUAAAACCAUUGAAUCCGAAACUGUGCGGACGAGUGAAGCAAUCAAGAAGAAGUUGGGAGCAAUCACCGGCACUGUGAAGGAGAGUCUGGAUGAAGUCAGUAAAAGCGACCUUGGCCGGAAAAUCAAGGAGGGUAUGGAGGAGGCAGCCAAGACCGCCAAGCAGUCAGCCGAGUCCGUGUCCAAGGGUGGGGCCUUCAGAGCCCUCUCCCAGGGGGUGGAGUCAGUGAAAAAGGAGAUUGACGAAAGUGUGCUGGGCCAGACUGGACCCUACCGCAGGCCUGAACGGCUCAGGAAAAGGAAGGAGUUUGCUGGAGAGAAGUUCAAGGAAGAGAAAGUGUUUGAGCCCAAUGAGGAGGCCCUGGGGGUCGUGUUGCACAAGGACUCUAAGUGGUAUCAGCAGUGGAAGGACUUCAGGGACAACAACGUGGUGUUCAACCGGUUCUUCGAGAUGAAGAUGAAAUAUGAUGAGAGUGACAACACAUUCAUCCGAGCCUCCCGAGCACUGACAGACAAGGUUACAGACUUGCUGGGAGGCCUAUUCUCGAAGACAGAGAUGUCAGAGGUGCUCACGGAGAUCCUGCGUGUGGACCCUGCCUUUGACAAGGAGCGGUUCCUGCAGCAGUGUGAGAGUGACAUCAUCCCCAAUGUCCUGGAGGCCAUGAUUUCUGGAGAGCUUGACAUUCUCAGAGACUGGUGCUAUGAAGCUACCUACAGCCAGCUAGCCCACCCCAUCCAGCAGGCCAAGGCACUAGGCCUCCAGUUCCACUCCCGUAUCUUGGACAUUGACAAUGUCGACUUGGCCAUGGGCAAGAUGAUGGAGCAGGGGCCUGUGCUGAUCGUCACUUUCCACGCCCAGCUGGUUAUGGUGAUCAAAAACCCUAAAGGCGAAGUGGUCGAGGGCGACCCGGACAAGGUGCUACGCAUGCUGUAUGUGUGGGCACUAUGCCGGGACCAGGAUGAGCUCAACCCCUACGCGGCCUGGCGGCUUCUGGACAUCUCUGCUUCCAGCACAGAGCAGGUCCUUUGAGCUCAGCGGCCACAACGGGGACACCAAGCUGUAUCAUGCAGGGCAGCUGCCCAGCGUGGGACCGAUGUGCACCUGUGGCAAAAGACCUGUGGAGACAACACUGUGGACUCUGGUCCAUUCUGCCAUAGUGGCUGCAAAACCAGCUGGGCAGGGAAGGACCAGGGACUGUGGAGGGCUGCUUCUCACAGUGCCAGCCUGUGUACCACCCUGUGCUGCACAGGGGCUGCUAGUAGGCAAGGCACACAGGCGAGACAGUGCCAAGAGGACCUGGCCCAGAAAUGACUCUGGGGAUGAGGUGGUGGGGCCCACUGGCCACAUCAGCCAGGCUGCUUUAGCUCUAUUUUAAAAAAAAACAUUAACAGUGUUCUUAUUACCCUGUGUGUAUGCCUGAGAUUUGGAAGUAGUAAUAAAACACCAAAGGGCAAGAGAGCAA